AUGGAGAGUACUCGUGGUGGACGGGGCCGGGGGUGCGGAACCUCAAAUGAAGGAGGAAAUCGGGAACCAAUGCCUGGACCUAAUCCCGAACCUGGAAUGGACCCUAACAUUCAGGAGAAGAAAGAAGAUGAGUUUAUUAGACUUCGGCAGGGAACUCAAACUAUCGCCGAAUAUGAGAUCCAGUUUACCAGAUUGUCUAAAUUCUCUCCCGAACUAAUCGUGACUGAGCAACAGAGGAUACGGCGUUUUGUCCAAGGUUUAAACGUUGAGAUUCAGAAGGACCUGGCUGUAGCCCAACUCAACGCCUUUAGUGAUGCAGUAGAGAAAGCUCAACGAAAAAGGGGAUUUCUUGGAAGUAGCUCAGAGCAAGGGGAUAGGGGUACGCCUCCUAAGAUUGGAAGGGGCAACGGCGGAGUACAACUACCAGGGAUGUCACGUGGUGCCUCACAGAGAGGCUCAGUCUCCGCUUCCCGUGGUCCCUGCAGGUACUGUGGGAAAUCGAAUCACACGGAGGAUGUCUGCUAG